AAAACACUCAUCUGAUAAGUAAAACAACAAGUUGGCAGUCCCUCGUUUGUGUUUGUUUUUUGUUGGAGGUUUUUGCGCAAAAUAGCAAAAAUGAGCGUCGAGGAUAUGAUACGGGAUAUGGAUAGCUUGCACCUAGAAACGGUGUUUAAGCAUGCAGCUAUUGCUUCGCUCACAUGCAAAGGACGCACAUUGGGCCCCGACCGGGAACCAUUUUGGGUGGAAGGGCAGAAGAAAAGGGAGGACGAAGGCACCACAAAUGCCGAGGAAACUGUUGCUGAGAAAAUUAUUGUUUCGCCUAGCAUCAGGGAGAAGGAACCGAGCUUGUCCUGCUUUCCAGAUGCAGAGGAAAUAAACGCAAGUAUAUUCAAGCGGGAAAUGGCGGAGCAGUGCAGGCAGAGUGUGCGUAAGCAGAUUCAAGAAUUAAAGGAGCGGCAACAAAGCCUGCAGAUACAGCGCGAUGCCCGUCAGAAGGAAGACGAGCUGCAAACGGAGCGUCUAGCCCAAAAAGCAUUACGAGAGCAGAAUGAGAAUCUAAUCAAUCAGCAGGCGGAACAGCUGGCCCAGGUGCAGCUGGAGGCACAGCAGCGGCAACAGCUAGACCUGCGCAAGAUAACUGAUCAAAAGUUGCAUAAACUGGCCCUGGAGGGCGUGUCACGAUGCCAAAGAAGAUUCGGCAACAAGUACGAGGGAAUCAUAAAGCUGUUGCUGUCAUUGGACAAGGAGACGGUCCAGGUCUGUGCCGCCCAAAAUCAGCAACUCAAGGAGCUGGGUGAAAAGUUUGAUCAACUGGUUUGCGCUGUGAAAAUGGGAAACUGCGAACAAAGUCAAUAUUUAAGCUCAAUCAUUAGGGCCGAGCAAUAUUGCAAAAGCUUAGACGACUUGGAAGGUGAAAUGAUUAAAGAACUGGCGGAAUUCUCUGAGCUAAUCCAGCAGCAGAUUAAAAGGGAAGCUGCACAGCGUUUGGAGGAAGAGAAACAGAGAAAAUUGGAGGAAGAAAAGAAGAGGUUUGAAGAACAGACGCAGAGACAGAAGGAAAAGGACGAGUCAGAAGCUCAGCAAAGGCAGCAAUUGGCAGAAGAGGCUGCCAAGGCUGAAGCUGCCAAGGUUGAAGCUACCACGGCUGAAGCUGCCAAGGCCGAAACCGUCCAGGCUACACCACCCCCUGAGCCAAGUACCGUUAAUGUUUCGCCGGCAGAAGGCAACAUAUCUGGCGCCUAUGUCCACCCAUCCCGACUAGCAUUCUACAAUGAAAUCAUUUCCCUCUAUCAAGCCAAAGUAGAUGCAGUAAAGCCCCUGCAGUCCGAGGAGUCAUUGAAGCAGUAUCGCACUGGUUGCCAAAGGGCAAUAAACUUGCCCCUGAACGCCAUCACGGCGGUCAGUCCGCAGCAUCUAAGCAACAAUUUUGAAAAACUUUACAACUUCUUUGCCGGCCAGCCCGUUAGAGUAAUGAAUGAUGCCACCAUUACCAUCAAUGAUCAUCCAUUGGCUCGUGACUAUUGCAUGCUCUUGAUGGCCAAGAAGUUCGUCAGUCAAUCGGAGACGGCGAUUUCUGGUAAUCCCCAAGCGGCUUUUCCGUUUGCAUCGGUUAUUAUGACCUUCUGGAAGUUGCUGCCGGAUUUCGGAAAGGUUUUCCUAGCCUAUCUAUACAAAGAAUCACCAUAUAUGGUGCCCUAUGUGAUACCACAGCAGCCGGGACAGACAGCAGAACAAUAUCUAAAAUCCAUGGGCUAUCGGCUGUCGGACAAAAACGAGCUGGAGAAGCCUGACAUGUUUCUCAAGCGCCAAACUGGAAUCGCCCGUCUCUACGCUGCUGUGAUUAUUACGCCUGGACGAAAAGCGGACGGGCCUGCGCACUGUUUCGGUCUGGAGGAGGGCUGGCGUUGGUUGGCUCAUGUGGUGCAUGUGAAACCGUUGCCAGACAUCAGCGCCACCCUGAUCAUGGAGAUACUUCAGACACUGGGCUAUGAGUUGUGGCGCACCUAUGGCAAGCAGUUCCUCAAGCUCUUGCUCUACAUUCACAUUUCCUAUAUGCCCCAGCUGGCCAUCUACGAUGAGGGCGGACCAAAGACGCGACUGGAAAUGCUCUUGGGCAAGUUCCUGCGCGAGCGCCAGAUUCCACAGGCGGUUGGUCUUUUGCCUCCUGGCUUUUGGUAGUUUUUAAAUUGAUCCAUUUUUAAAAACUUUAAUUAUAUAGAUAUAUUUUUAACAUAACGAGUAGUAAAGUUUGUAAUUUUACCUA